AUUAGUAAACCACCCUUACAACAAACAUGUCUAAAUCCCUAUUCGAAAGAUCAAUUGAUCAAAAACUGUAAUACCUUUCAAAUUAGAUCAUCUUUUAUCAGUGCGAUAUCGGAAUCUAGUGUGGUAUAGUUAAAAUUUAUGUUAUUUUUGAAUUAAAAGAUACCAUCUCCCAAUUUACAUUCCUUGCCGUAAGGCGAAAUAUUUAUGUAAGUGGUCAGUCAUGGUCACUGACCAUGACAGACCAUCAGGCUUAUGUUUAAAUCAGUUUAGGCCCAACUUCUAAAAGAUGAACAACUCUUACAAUUUCUCUUGAUAAUAAAAUAAAGUAUUUGAAUUAAACAAAAUAUGAAGUAGUCAGUUACUUAAUAUAAAGGAAGUAAAACCCUUUAUAACAUGGUGGAGCAGCUAAGAUCUCGCGACCUCUAAUCACGAUCUGAAUGGAACUUUUAUGGAUUUAAGAAACAGAAGACUUCCCGAAAUUUCAAAAGGAGUACUAAAAGAAGAUCAGGACAUCAUGGCAGAUAUGUCCUUGCGUCCUGGAAAGUUUAACGGACAUUCCGAGGAAGAUCCGGCACUAUGGUUUUCAAAUUUUGAGAGCUGGGUUUCCAUUUGCGACAAAACAUUCAACACACCGGAAAAGAUUGUCCAUUCGCUGAGGUUAUUACUAGGACCAUCCGCUCAAUGUCAGAGUUGGUUUGGGACAAUGUCGGAGGACGACAAAAAGGAUAUUUCCUCGAUAAAAACAAGUUUCCUGAAACAUUUUGGCGACGGCCAAGUACUGUGGUCUCUGGAAAAUAAACUGGCUGAUCUUAAAAUGGCAGAUUGUUCUUCCUUGGAGGAUUAUGUGACGCAAAUCCAUUCAUUAGGGAAUAGACUUGGCAGAUCCGAGCAGGACAAGACGAGACAGUUUGUACGCAACUUAACUGAUCCAAUAAAGUAUAUCGUCUACCCACAGAAUGUCACGACAUGGCAGGCAGCGGUAAAUGCGGCGCGGAUAGCGGAGGAGACGUUAAAGAUUGCCGGCGAUCUUUCCAAACCCAAGACGAAGAUGGCGAGCAUCGUUUGUCAACUUUGCAGUGGGGAAGGUCACUCUGCAAGCGAGUGUAUCAGGACAAGCGCCAAUGCGAUGGGGGAAAAGAGCGGAAAUGACACCAGUUCUACGAAGUGUCAAAUUUGUUCGAAAUCGGGACACGGGGCAGCCGAUUGCUGGUAUCGAUAUAAAGACUCUCGGGAGAAUCGCCGCCAGGAAAACACAAGAUCAAGAGGUAAUAAUAAUUAUUUUCCCAGAUCACAAAAUUCUUCGAUUGUUUGUUAUGCCUGCAAUCAGCCAGGACACAAAAGUUUUCAAUGCAAUGCUAAAAAUUUAAACGGCUAA